GGGCGGAGGGACGCCGCAGGGUGUGAGCGGCUCGGGAAAGUGGGUGGCGGGGGGCUCGCCGGCCUUGUAAAUAAGGAGAAGAGGAGGAGAAAAGACUCGGAGCCGACGAGUCCUGUGGCGGGUGCGAGUCCCGCCCCCGUCUGAAGGCCUGUGCUGUGGGGGCCGCGCGGCCGUCGCGCAUCGCGUGGGGAAGGUGGCCGCUCCUGGGUGUGGACACUAAAGGGAUCUUUAGCAUUCUUGAAAUCAUCCGUGCCUUCUGCCUGGGAAAAGAUGGUCAACGUCUUGAAAGGAGUGCUUAUUGAAUGCGAUCCCGCCAUGAAGCAGUUCUUGCUGUACUUGGAUGAGUCCAAUGCCUUGGGGAAGAAGUUCAUCAUUCAGGACAUCGAUGACACACAUGUCUUUGUCAUCGCAGAGCUGGUUAAUGUCCUCCAGGAGCGAGUAGGGGAGCUGAUGGACCAGAAUGCCUUUUCUCUUACCCAGAAGUGAAAAUUCUAUAUGUUGAGCACUUGGGAAUUACAAGCACAGGCAUGAAAGAGAGGGCCCAUUCGGUGUCUCAUCCGACGUUUUAGACUUUUUAUGAGCAUUUCGUGGGAAAGGCUGCAGGAGCAUCUGUUCAGAUGAAAGCUUCUAACUGAUUUUGUUGGACCAUUAAAAAUAAUCUUUUUAAAGAAGAACUUUAACAAUUGGCUGCAAUUUGGCUUUUACUAUUUUUUAUUAAAAUGUAAUCAUAGUUGUGCUGGUGAGAUAGAUGGUUCAAUUGGUAAAGGCCUUGGUGACCAGGCCUGACAGCCUGAAUUUGAUCCCGGAGACCUACACAUUAGAAGGGAAGAGCGCCUACAGGUGGUCUUCUGGCCUCUAUGUACCUCCCUCCCACACAAAUAAGUAAAUGUAAUAAAAUAUAAUCAUAAAUGGUUUUCCUACCUUUUUCAAACAGCAAUUAAAUAUACCAGAAAAAUAGUA